CCGGCGUCGCGCCCUCGGCCCGCGUGCGCUCUCUGAUGUCUACUCUGGCGGUGGCCCGGGUGGCCCGCCCGUGGGGGGUGCCGGAGGGGGCGGGGGAGGAGGAGGAAGCGGUGUGAUGGCCCUGGACGGCGAGCGGGGGGAGCAAGAGGAGGAGAAGAAAAAGAAGAAGAAGAAAAAGAAGAGGAAGAAGAAGAAGGAGAAGAAGGAGGAGGAGGAGGGGGCUGAGAAGAGCAGCUCACCCUUCGCGGCCACUAUGGGGGAAGACGACACCGCGCUCCGGGCCGGCGGCAGGGGGCUCUCGGACCCGUGGGCGGACUCGGUGGGCGUGCGACCCCGCACCACGGAGCGCCACAUCGCGGUGCACAAACGGCUUGUGCUGGCCUUCGCCGUGUCCAUCGUGGCACUGCUCGCGGUCACCAUGCUCGCGGUGCUGCUCAGCCUGCGCUUCGACGAGUGCGGGACGAGCGCAGCGCCCGGCGCCGACGGUGGCCCCGCGGGCUUCCCCGAGCGUGGCGGCAACGCGAGCCUCCCGGGAUCGGCCCGGCGCAACCACCACGCAGGCGGGGACUCCAAGCAGUCCGAGGCAGGCAGGGCGUCCAGCCCGGGGACCCCGUCCGCCCAGCCGCCGUCGGAGGAGGAGCGGGAGCAGUGGCAGCCCUGGACACAGCUGCGCCUGUCGGGCCACCUUAAACCGCUGCACUAUAAUCUGAUGAUCACCGCCUUCAUGGAGAACUUCACCUUCUCUGGGGAGGUCAACGUGGAGAUCGCGUGCCGGAACGCCACCCGCUACGUCGUGCUGCACGCCUCCCGGGUGGCGGUGGAGAAGGUGCAGGUGGCGGAGGACCGGGCGGCCGGGGCUGUCCCAGUGGCCGGCUUUUUCCUUUACCCGCAAACACAGGUCUUGGUGGUGGUGCUGAAUAGGACUCUGGACGCGCAGAGGAAUUACAACCUGAAGAUUAUCUACAACGCCCUGAUUGAGAACGAGCUCCUGGGCUUCUUCCGCAGCUCCUACGUGAUCCACGGGGAGAGAAGAUUCCUUGGUGUCACUCAGUUUUCGCCUACACAUGCCAGAAAGGCAUUUCCUUGUUUUGAUGAGCCAAUCUACAAGGCUACUUUCAAAAUCAGCAUCAAGCAUCAAGCAACCUAUUUAUCUUUAUCUAAUAUGCCAGUGGAAACUUCUGUGUUUGAGGAAGAUGGAUGGGUUACGGAUCACUUUUCACAGACCCCCCUCAUGUCCACAUAUUAUUUAGCCUGGGCAAUUUGCAACUUCACAUACAGAGAAACUACCACCAAGAGUGGGGUUGUAGUCCGGUUAUAUGCAAGACCCGAUGCUAUCAGAAGAGGAUCCGGGGACUAUGCUCUCCAUAUAACAAAGAGACUAAUAGAAUUUUAUGAAGAUUACUUUAAAGUGCCCUAUUCCUUGCCAAAACUAGAUCUUUUAGCUGUGCCUAAGCAUCCGUAUGCUGCUAUGGAGAACUGGGGACUAAGUAUUUUUGUGGAACAAAGAAUACUGCUGGAUCCCAGUGUUUCAUCUAUUUCUUAUUUGCUGGAUGUCACCAUGGUCAUUGUUCAUGAGAUAUGUCACCAGUGGUUUGGUGACCUUGUGACUCCUGUGUGGUGGGAAGAUGUGUGGCUGAAGGAAGGGUUUGCUCACUACUUUGAAUUUGUCGGUACAGACUACCUCUACCCUGGCUGGAACAUGGAAAAGCAGAGGUUUCUGACGGAUGUUCUGCAUGAAGUGAUGCUGCUUGAUGGUCUGGCCAGCUCCCACCCAGUAUCACAGGAAGUGCUACAGGCAACAGAUAUUGACAGGGUGUUUGACUGGAUCGCAUAUAAAAAGGGCGCUGCUUUAAUUAGGAUGCUGGCUAAUUUUAUGGGCCAUUCAGUUUUUCAGAGCGGUUUACAAGAUUAUUUAACUAUUCACAAGUAUGGCAAUGCAGCCAGAAAUGAUCUCUGGAAUACAUUAUCAGAGGCUUUAAAAAGGAAUGGAAAGUAUGUAAAUAUACAAGAAGUAAUGGACCAGUGGACACUCCAGAUGGGUUAUCCUGUUAUCACCAUCUUGGGAAACACAACCACAGAAAAUAGAAUAAUAAUUACCCAACAACAUUUUAUUUACGACAUCAGUGCUAAAACUAAAGCACUUCAACUUCAAAAUAACAGUUACCUGUGGCAGAUUCCAUUAACUAUUGUGGUAGGAAAUAGAAGCCAUGUGUCUUCAGAAGCAAUUAUUUGGGUGUCUAACAAAUCAGAGCACCACAGGAUAACUUAUUUCGACAAAGGAAACUGGCUGCUGGGGAACAUCAAUCAAACUGGUUAUUUUAGAGUCAACUAUGACCUAAGGAACUGGAGAUUAUUAAUUGAUCAAUUAAUCAGGAACCAUGAGGUUCUAUCUGUCAGUAAUCGAGCGGGUUUGAUCGACGAUGCCUUCAGCCUGGCCAGGGCUGGCUAUUUGCCUCAGAAUAUUCCCCUGGAGAUUAUGAGAUACCUGUCUGAGGAGAAGGAUUUUCUUCCUUGGCACGCUGCCAGCCGGGCUCUUUAUCCUCUAGACAAAUUACUGGACCGCAUGGAGAACUACAAUGUCUUCAAUGAAUAUAUUUUAAAGCAAGUUGCAACAACGUACAUCAAGCUUGGAUGGCCAAAAAACAAUUUUAAUGGAUCUCUUGUUCAAGCAUCCUACCAGCAUGAGGAACUACGUAGAGAAGUUAUAAUGCUGGCUUGUAGUUUUGGCAACAAGCACUGUCACCAACAGGCAUCAACACUUAUUUCAGACUGGAUUUCCAGCAACAGAAACAGAAUACCACUAAAUGUUAGAGACAUCGUCUACUGUACAGGAGUGUCACUACUGGAUGAGGACGUCUGGGAAUUCAUAUGGAUGAAAUUCCACUCUACCACAGCAAUUUCUGAGAAGAAAAUAUUAUUGGAGGCCUUAACUUGCAGUGAUGACAGAAAUUUAUUAAAUAGGCUUCUAAAUCUGUCACUGAAUUCUGAGGUGGUUCUGGAUCAAGAUGCAAUCGAUGUCAUAAUCCAUGUAGCUCGAAAUCCACAUGGCCGAGACCUUGCCUGGAAGUUUUUCAGAGAUAAAUGGAAGAUAUUAAAUACCAGGUAUGGAGAAGCAUUAUUUAUGAAUUCCAAACUUAUCAGUGGAGUCACAGAAUUUCUUAAUACUGAAGGUGAACUCAAAGAGCUAAAGAACUUCAUGAAGAGCUACGACGGCGUAGCUGCUGCUUCCUUCACACGAGCUGUGGAAACUGUUGAAGCCAAUGUGCGCUGGAAAAUGCUGUAUCAAGAUGAGCUUUUCCAAUGGUUAGGAAAAGCUCUGAGACACUAAUACAUGUCUCUUAUAAACAACUCAACUCAGAAUUUCGUGAGAAGACCUGCUUUAAUGUGGAAUGAGGAAAAUGUUUUACAUGGAAAAUGGCCAGAUUUUCAGUGUUAACAUGUGGGAGGAAUUUUUUUUUUUAACUUUUUGGUUUUGAGGGAUAUUUUUAUUUGUUUCAUUCAUUCUGUUUUGUUUCUCUACUGGGUGUUCUUCUCUAAAGAAAAUCUUGCAAGUGAAACUAGCCAUGAUUGCUUCAGCUGUACAUUCAUUGCUGUACAGGACCAAAUAUGAUAGUGAUGCAUGUCGAUGUUGCAGUCAGUUUGGCAAAACAUAUUCAGAAUAUUCUGUGCAUGGAUGUAUGGUCCUGCCUGUGUUCCAGCAUGCUUGUUUAAAAUGUCCAAUGUUGUUUGUGAAUAUAUGUUACAUCCAGGAUGGGCAUUAUACAAAAGCACAAAAAUUACAUAUGACAAUCAGUGUUGCAAUGGUAGAAAAACUAAAAAAGGGAAUUAUUUUCAGUCUUGAGCAAUGUGAGAGGUAAAGUAGCCCUGUAAGUGAUCAAUGUCACUUAUUUCAGCACUUGGAUUGUCUGGCAAUGAUUAAUAUGGUUGCUAACUCAUUUUCUGAGUUGAAGCUGUGUAUACAUUUAAAAAGGCAUAUAGAUAGUGUAUGCAUAUGUAUAUGUACAUAGGGAAGCCCCGUAUGUAUAUAGUAUGUUGUACACUGUACAUGUGCAAAGAAUCUCUUCAGAUCAAAGAAAAUUUAUUUCUUUUUAUAAAUUUAUAAGGACUUGGAAAAAGCUUAGAAGAAUUUAUCUCAACAUUAUCCUUCCUAUUGCCUAAGUUUCUCAAGAAUUAUGGAUUUUCCAUCUACUUCUUGAACAAUGGUCUAUUCUACUACAUGAAGAUGAAUUCAAACAAAACUUAUGUAUAAAUUAACUACUCUUCUAAUUCUCCAAAGUAGCAUCCUUGCAUAUAGAUUCUAUCAUCAUUUUUGGUCAGACUUCCUAUUGCAUGAAACAACAGUGUAAACUUAUAAUUAUCAGUGCUGAGAAAGUGUUUAUUUUUCCCUCUUGUUUUCCCACCUUAUUUGGGGUAGUCAAGAGAGUUAAAAAUUCUCCAUGUGUUGGUCUUUCUGUCUGCAUUGCUCUAAUCCUCUAUUAAGCAGCCAUACCUCAACUGGGUCUAUCAACAUUUAAUAGCCUUUGAUGCCAGUUGUUCUAUCCCUUAAGAUGAAAAGUUACUUUUCUUGUGUUAAUGUACAAAACUUUUCUUUUGGCACUGACAACUCUGUUCUACCUGGGAAUUUUGAAUAACCAUUUUCAUGGCUGUGUGUUGCGUAACAUAAAUGUUUUUAAAUGGUAUUCUCACCCAGUAGGUCAGCUCCUCAAACAUUGCUUAGAUCCUUCAAAAUUAACAUAUUUUAAGUUUGCCAUUAUAAAUUACCAAUACAACUACUAUACAUAAGCCAAAUAUUUGUGGAACACUUUCUAUCUUCCUGAGAUUUUCUUUUCCUCCAAAUCUUGCAAAUCAUUGAAACAAAUAUAUUCUAACACUAAUAGUCAAUGAAUACUGAAAAAUAAAUUAAAGUUUUUAGAAACUGGAGCCAUAGAAUUAUUUUAAUUUGGUAGAAAAGAGAGCAAUUUUCUAAUCCAUAGAAUAAGUACAACCCCAAAUUGAAUUUUAUUAUUUAAGCAGUUAAUACCUAUUACUCCUACCUGAUUUUUCAGCACUUCAUCCAAUUCAAAUACAUUCAUUUUAAGUAUUCCAUGUGGUGUAAAGAAGAUAUGGUAAUGCUUAGUAUAAAAUCUAAAAGUUAUCCCACCUAUCAGAAAGGAUAAAAUCCAGCUACACGCAUCACAUUUAUGAAAUUCUUAAUUAAAGGGAAAAGUUCUAAAACAUAACAAUAAUAAAUAUCACACUCCUGUGCAGGUAUAAAACAUGCAUAAUAUCACCAACUAAGUCAUGUAAUAGAAAAGAUAAAAAAUUAGAGGUGGAUGUCUUGUUUUGUGUCAUGAAUUACUGAAAAUUCUUAGUAGUUGUGGCUUUUUGUUUUGAGUAAAAUUACCAUUUCUAGAUUUGAGUUAGAACCACUUUUAUAGUUCUUUUUUCCUCCCCAGUGUUAAUAAUUGUAAUCCUCUUUCAGUAUGUUAGUGGCCUUGAACAACUGAUUUAGCUACAAUAUCAAAUCUUAAGUGUAUAAUUAUGUGCAAUGUUCAAUACCUCAUAUAGUAUUUGUUCAACAGUAUAGCGAUAUCAAUGACAUUGAGAUGACAUUUUUGUUCUACAUAUUUUUCAAUAAUUUAUCCUUUCCAAUGUUGAAAUUAUCUUUAACAUUUUUUAGUUGUUUAAAUAAGUAAUAUUUUCAAAAUAAUAAAAUAACCAAUGAUA